AUGGAGGAGGAAAAAGGCAAAAUAGUUGUUUCGUGGUCAGAGAGAGAGACGGGGUUUCAGAGUUGGGGGAAGAAGAGAAGAGAAGAUGAUGAUGAGACAUUGUUUCAAAGGUGUAUUAGUAAGAAGAGAAGACAUGAUCCUGAUGCAUCACGUAAGUACAACGGAAAAGAUAUUAGAAAUCGGAGAGAUGAUGAUAAUGAAUCAUCGAUAUUCAUCAGCAACGAUGUGUUGGAAGAAAUCGCGUUGAAGCUUCCAGUGAAAGCCCUACUUCGAUUCCAGACCGUGUCAAAACACUGGAGGCGUAGGAUAGAGUCGAGGUCUUUCAUGGAGAGACACAUGUUGCAUCAGAAAACCACACAUGAACCACCCAGACUGGUCUGUCUCACCCACGGUGAGAGAAACCUUACUCUAACGACUAUGAGGUGGUCGGAGAGUUGUUCGGGUACUUGUCUAGUGGAAGAAGUCCCGGCUCAUCACAUUGAACGACGACAACCCGAGUUAUACUCCGGUAUUACCCAAAGUUGCGACGGGAUUGUCUGCAUCUUCGACGAGGACACCCUAACAACUCCAGUUACUGUGAUGAACCCAGCCAUGAAACGGUCUAAAAUCCUCCCUCUUUCCAUGUUUCAGCGACAGUGUCUAAACAAGACGAAGCCACCUCCGGAUCGGUUAAUUUUACUAGAGCCAGGAUUUGGGAAAGACCAUGUUACAGGAACAUACAAACUCGUCUGGCUGCAUAACCGCAUAAGCGACUACACCUUAUCAUGCGAGGUUUUCGAUUUUGAGGCCAACAAGUGGAGUUGCGUUAUGAACACGCCUUGUGACCUAUACGCAUUCGGCCAACCAAUAUUUACAGAGGGAUGGCUUUAUUGGCUCGCUGGAGGUAAACAGUUUGGUGAUGGUAAGGUUCUUGCUUAUAAUCUUCACACGGAGAUGUUUCGGGUCAUUACAAAUAGGCUUGUUUCCGAGGCACCAUUUCUUGGUGCUAUUGGGAUUUUCAGUCUAAACGACCGUAUCUGGCUCACGGAUUUGAUGGGAGAUGGUGGUAAUGGUAUACAACACUUUUGGAGGAUCAGAAACGCUUUGGGAUCCCACUGGGAAUCGGAGAAGAUGUUCUCCAUUGACUCGCGUUUGUUAUCUCCUUGGUUUGUUUCUCAUGAUGAUAAUGAAAGUUCACAUCCUUGGCCCUGCACACUUGUGGCCACUUCCGAGGAUAAUAACAAGGUUAUUGUCUCGAAUUCAUUCCACACCCACCUCGUUCAACUGCUUCCUCGUUCUACUUCCCUCUGUGUUUGUUCUGCUUUUUCUGCUCCUCCACAUACUAAGUUCGUUCCUUAUUUUCCGAGUUUAAUCUUUCCAUUGUGA